CCGCUACAUAAACCUACACGGAAACAGAUUUGAAAUACUAGUCGCUGAAGCUAGUCCCCCGUUUCUUCUCUGGCAAUUCCAAUUUCUCUCGUUCUCUCGUUAUCUUCGAAGAGAAUCAAGAGAUUCAUCAUAUUUAUUUACAUCUGUAAAACUAAAUAAAUAAGGGAAAAACUAUCAAUUCUACGCCUUAUAAUCAACCAUUGUUUAAAUCUCAAUAAUCGUGAGAAUGGCGGACAUGGUUGCCAAGGGAGAACCGUCGAACAAUCGUACUGGUCAUGGUAUGCAGGUAGGCUUUUCAUGGCAUGUUACAAGGAAAAGGAAUGCUGGCAGAAAGAAAAGGAAGGGCAGUGCAGGACAGUUUUUGACCGGAAGCAGAAACAAGAAUCCGUCAAAGAAAAGAAAGCUAAGGAAAGAGAUUGAAUUUUUAGAGGAUGAGAAAGUUCCUAAGAGGCAUCGGAUUGGAAUAGACAAGAUGACUACUUCUGUGGAGGAAGAUGUGUUAGAUGAAUGGGAUGAAGAGGCUACCGUGUUUAUGAACAUUAAAAAGCGGAGCAAACGUAGAAAUUUGGACAGUAAGAUGACCGAAAGAAUCCCUCAGGAGAAUAAGAAGGAUGCAAUGAGUGAAAGAAGCUCUGAAGAGACUAAGAAGGAAAACUGCGAUCGUUUUAUGAACGUUAAAGUGCGGAGCAAAGGCAGAAACUUGGUUGGUGCGAUGACAGAAAGAAGCCCUCAGGAGAGUGAGGAGAAUGCAAUGACUGAAAGUAGCCCUCAGGAGACUAAGAAGGAAAACUGUGAUCUUUUUGUGAACAUUAAAGCGCAGAGCAAGCACAGGAAUUUGGACAGUGCUAUGAAUGAAAGAAGCCCUCGGGAGACUAAGAAGGAUGCAAUGAUCGAAAGAAGCCCUCAGGAGACUAAAAAGGAAAAUUGCUAUCUUUCUAUGAACAUUAAAGCGAAUCUGGACAGUGCUAUGACUGAAAGAAGCCAGCAGGAGACUAUGAAGGAAAACUGCGCUCUUUUUAUGAACAUUAAAGCACGGAGCAAACGUAGAAAUCUGGACAGUGCGACAACCAAAAGAAGUCCUUGUGAGACUAAGAAGAAAAACUGUGAUCUUUCUAUAAACAUUAAAGGGCGGAGCAAAGGCAGAAAUUUGGACAGUGCAAUGACUGAAAGAAGCGGCAAUGAUAGAAGCACAAAGAAAAAUGUUGCGGAAAUCGAGGGAUCUUGCUUUAAUCAGGACAAGAGAAAAAAUUUCAAGUGUCAUCAGUGCAUGACUGGAAGAAAAGCUGUUGUUCCAUGCUUGAAAUGUAAAGAGAAAGUGUAUUGCACCGUUUGUAUAAGACAAUGGUAUCCGAAUAUACCAAUAGAAGAAAUUGCAAAGCAAUGCCCAUUUUGUUGCGGGAAUUGCAACUGCAGUAUCUGUUUACAAUCCAGUGGAUUAAUUAAGACAUCAAAGAGAGACAUAACAGAUGAGGAAAAGAUUAAGCAUUUGCAACACUUGAUUGAGUCAAUGCUUCCCUUCAUGAAACAAAUUUGCAUAAUGCAAAAGCAAGAGACAGAGGUUGACGCUAACAUACAAGGAUUACUACCUUCUGACGUUGAAAUACAACAGACUCUUUGUUAUGCCGAUGAACGUGUCUAUUGUGACCACUGUGCAACUUCAAUCUUCGACCUUCAUCGUAGCUGCCCAAAAUGUUCAUAUGAACUCUGUCUUAAUUGUUGUAAAGAAAUUCGGGAAGGAAUCCUUUCUAUCCGCGAUGAUGUUGCUUAUGGAUACAGGGACAGAGGUUGGGAUUAUAUGCAUGGUGAAGACCCUUUACCAGAAUCUUAUCUUCAAGAAAAAGUUGAGAAACAGCCCAGGCCCUCAAUUCAGUGGGAAGCCAGUAAUGAUGGAAGUAUUACUUGUCCUCCAACGGAAAUAGGCGGUUGCGGUGAUUGCAGAUUGGAGCUUAAACGUAUCCUACCAAUGGGGUGGAUUUCAAAUUUGGACACAAAGGCAUGGGAAAUAUUAAGCAACUGCAGAAUUAGACAAUGGCUUCAAAAGACAUUAAAUGGGGAUAAUACUUCCGGAGAAGGACAUAUUGACAAUGGCUUAUAUUCUUCAACUUCAAAUGAUAAUCUUGACGAAGGCUUUCGUCACUUUCAAACCCGAUGGGCUAAAGGUGAACCGGUUAUAGUUAAGAAUACUCUUGCAAAUUCAUCCGGUUUAAGCUGGGAACCGAUGGUAAUGUGGCGUGCUUUAUGUGAAAAGUUGGAGAUGCCUGAAGUUAAGGCUAUUGAUUGUCUAGCUGGCUGUGAGGUGGAGAUCAAUACUCGACAAUUUUUCAAAGGCUACACAGAAGGGAGAGCGUAUAAUAACUUAUGGCCAGAGAUGCUAAAGUUGAAAGACUGGCCACCAUCUGAUAAGUUUGAAGAUCUCUUGCCUCGGCAUUGCGACGAGUUCAUAAGCAUGUUGCCAUUUCAAGAAUACUGUGAUCCUAGGUCUGGUAUCCUUAACCUUGCUGUUAAGUUACCACAAUGUGUUCUGAAACCAGACUUGGGCCCAAAAACAUAUAUUGCUUAUGGGGUUGCUGAAGAGCUUGGAAGAGGGGACUCUGUUACAAAGCUUCACUGUGAUCUAUCAGAUGCGGUAAACAUUUUGACACAUACUUCAGAGGUAGCCUUAAGCGAUGAGCAGCUUGCCGCAAUGGAGAAGUUGAAAAUGAAACACAAGGCACAGGAUGAAAAGGAACGUUUGGAAAGAGAGCGACUUAAAGAAGGCGUCGAUGAAUCGGAAGCCACCAAUUGGGGUGAUAAUAUACUAUAUGUUUCCAGUGGUGAGCUUAGAGGAGCUUCAAUUCCGGAACCCUUGACCAGCAGAAAGGAGACAGGUGGUGCACUGUGGGAUAUUUUUAGGAGGGAGGAUGUCCCUAAACUAGAAGCUUAUUUGAGAGAGCACUACACAGAAUUCAGGCAUACCUACUGCUCCCCAGUUGAAAAGGUAAUCCAUCCGAUUCAUGACCAAUCAUUUUACCUAACCGCGGAGCACAAAAGGAGACUAAAGGAGGAAUAUGGAGUUGAACCGUGGACGUUUGAGCAAAAUCUCGGAGAGGCUGUUUUUAUUCCGGCUGGAUGUCCACACCAAGUUAGAAACCUGAAGUCAUGCACCAAAGUCGCCUUGGACUUCGUUUCUCCAGAGAAUAUCCAGGAAUGCCUCCGUUUAACAGAGGAGUUCAGGCAACUACCCAAGAACCAUAGAGCCAGAGAAGACAAACUUGAGGUAGGCACAUCCUUUCGUUGAUGUUUUGACUUAUUUAUUUCCUUCAAAACCUUACUUGCAAACGAUUUCGUGUAAACAGAUAAGGAAAAUGAUUAUUUAUGCAGUAGAACGAGCUGUUAAAGAAUUAUCUGAACUGAUAUCAACUCCAAACUGAAGCACGCUUCUCCAACUGCAACCGUGGAACUGACCUUUUUGUAUUCGCUCGGACAAUUGUCAGAGAUAUCCGGGCUGGGAAUUUCUUUACUUUUCCCCG